UGUUUUGGUUUGAAUGGAACCAACCAUGAGAGGAGGAUUGUCUUGCUGAAGAGUGGUUUUCAGACGAAAGGUUUCGCUAGAAUUUCCAGGAACGAGUAUGAAUUAAAUGCAAUAUCACAUCAUAUUUUACAUAUGCUCGUUUAACGCUCAAAGGUCGAGGUAUUGUUUUGCAUGGAACUCUGUUAAACAUUAGGUUGGGCAGUAACGUUAAGUUUUCUUUUUGCAUUCGCUGAGAAGUUUCUGGCAACGACCUAACUAACGUUACGUGGUAGCUGCUUUAGCUAUGCUAUGAUGAGCAGUUAAGCCAAUUGAAUGCAUUCACUGACUGUCGGAAAACUCGAUCACACUUGUGCCAUUAAUGCAUAAAGAUUGAAAAUGAAGAGGACUAGAAGAUCCGUCGAAAAUUCCAUAGACGUUUGUCAGCUUUGUAGACAAAGUGAGGAUUGUCCUGAAAAAUAUGGGGAAAAGAUUACUGUUCCGGAGCACCAAUUAACCAUCCACUAUUUCUGCCUGUUGAUGUCCAGUGGCAUUUAUCAGCGUGGAGAAGAAGAUGAAGGAAUUCAUGGGUUUUUAGUGGAUGACAUCCUUAAAGAAGUGAACAGAGCUUCCCGGCUGGCAUGCAACGGUUGCAAGCAGAAGGGUGCAGCUAUAGGAUGUUCUGUGAAAUCCUGUCGAAAGAUGGUCCAUCUCCCAUGUGGGAUAGAACUACGAUUCGUUUAUCAGUUUAAAGAUCUAUUCCCGUCAUUUUGUUGGCAACACCGGCCCACACAGACGUGUGCCGUGCCCCCCUCUGGGCCGCUGUCGUGCUCUGUGUGCCUGGAGCACAUCGAGCCCGUCCUGUCCUACUCGGUACUCAAGUGCCCCGCCUGUCAUGGAAGCUGGUUUCACAGACACUGCGUGCAGCUCCAGGCACACAAUGCAGCACAGUUCUUCUUCAGAUGCACCAUCUGUAACAACCAGGAACAGUUCCAGGAAGAAAUGCUUCGCAUGGGAAUCAACAUACCAGAGAGAGAUGCAUCAUGGGAGAUGGAGGACAAUGCCUAUGCGGAGCUGCUUCAGGUGUACCAGCACUGUGACGCCUUCACGUGUCAGAGCAGCUUGGGCAGAGACUUUAGUGCACAGUCAGGGAAGUUUGAAAUUGUCCGUUGCACCUUUUGUGGCUCUAAUGGAACGCACCGGAAAUGCUCCUCUCUCAAAGCCAAUCAGAAUAACUGGGUUUGUACUGACUGCAAGUCCGUUGUUGAUGGAUCAGGUACUCUCCCUCGACACGUACAGUCACCCGUGUCCGAGCGCAACGAGAAGAGAAAGAGGCUGUCCACUGUAAACUCCUCCCUUCUGUCCAAAAGGCGCUUGUUACACUCGAACCCGCGGGGUGUCCUGCAGGAGCUGAGCACCCAGAUCAGUGGCGUGCAGCCCGGCGGCGAGCUCCCGGUGCGCGAGGGCCAGGUGCUGGAGGCGGCGCUGGGCCUCCUGCGGCGCUCCGACUUCAGCCCCGAGCGCGGCCUCGUGGUCCGCUUCGCCGGCGACCACCAGCACAACGGCGCCAGCGAUCUGCGCCGCUUCUUCCGUCUCCUGCUGCAGCGGAUGCAGAACUCGACGCUCUUCAGGGGCCCAGAGAGUGGCAAGAACCUGGCCCUCGACGCACAAGCUGUGCGACAGGACCGGUACUAUGAGAUGGGCUGCCUGCUGGCCCUGAGCAUGCUCCAUGGCGGCCCACCCCCAAGCUUCUUCUCCAAAGCUCUGUACUUCUCGCUCUUCCACUUCCCCAAAGACUUCCAGUUCAGUCUCACCGACCUCAACGAGACUUGGCUAUUUGAAAAGAUGAAGAAGGUAAAGGAGGCUAGAAAAGUGGAGGGCCUGCGGGAGGCCAUGGAGCCUUUGUCCGAGUAUCUAGAGGUGUCUGGCUGCAAGAGGGAAGUGACCGGUCUAUAUGAUAAGUAUGCCCUGAUGGACGACAUGCUCAACUUCCAAAUGAUGGUCAGGAUGCAGUUGCCUUUACAGAGAUUCCGUGAGGGUUUGAGAACACUGGGUGUCUAUGAGCAGAUCCAGAUGGCUCCCGAGGCUUUCUACCAGCUGUUCUGCUACCCUCCAGAUAAGUUGUGUGCCGAUUCCAUGGUGGCCAUGUUCUCACCCCAGUACUCCGAGCGUGAGGACUACCACACAAGGGAGACGGUUACCACCAAACACUGGCAACAGUUCCUCCAGGAGUGUGAAGAGGGCAGAUGUGCCAGCUCCCUGGAGGACGUCCUGGUGUUCGCCACCUCCUCGGACACUGUGCCCGCCAUGGGCUUCAUGCCGCCCCCCACCGUCUCCUUCCUGCCGGUGGCCGACCCCUCCUACGCCUUCCCCCAGCGCCAGCCCGACACCAACCGCCUGCUGCUGCCCGUCACCCCCUCCUACAGCACCUUUAAGAAGAACAUGGAGUAUGCCGUGUGCCAGAUCACAGUCAUGCAGGACUCAUAAAGAGACUCGUCUGCCACCCGUCGCUCGUGCAAAAGCAUCUGGAUCGUGUCGCCGUUGCUAGGUUACUGUUACUAUGAAGGAAAUUCGAGGUGUUCUUCCCCAGAAAGUUGCUUUGGCGGCCUCUCUCAGGUUGCCGGGUUCUGCGCAGUCCUGGACACUCUGCAAAACUAUGUAGCUGUGUACAGAGUUGUAUCUAUUGCUGUUCAUUCCAGUCAAUCCCCUCCAUAAUGGCUCCUGUGUUUUAUACUUAUCUUCUGUUCUGUCUUUAUAGUGCAUAGUAGCAUUUUAUUGUAUGCUCGUAUUACUGCUCAGAGCAAAAAAGCUGUAUAUUUCACAGUAGUAAAAUGUGGAAAAUGUAAAGCCAUGUCGGUUGUUGUC